AUGUUAUCAAUCAAAACUCUUUCAGACACUUUUGCAGGAGAGUGUUGGAUCUCUGUUAUGUGUUGUUUGUUGCUUGCCUGUCUGUAUGUUGGGAGUCUGUAUGUAUGGAAGGGCAGCUUACCCAGGGACCACCCAAACACAAUUAAAAGACGUUUCACCAGUGUUUUAUGUGUGUCAGCUGUUGCACCACUAGUUGUAUUGGCCUGGACACACUCAAUGAAAGUCAGGCCAAGUCCACCACUGUGGGAACUUCUAGGCAUUCGUCUGGAGGGGUUUGUGCCUGCUGCUGUGUUACCACUGACACUUACUAUGGUGCUUUUUCUUGGACCUCUGACCCAGCUGGCAGUUGAAAGCCCAAGAGGACUUUUUCAUGAUGUUAAUGCAGGUUUAACAGAUUCUCAGUCCUGGAACAAAUGUGUGAAAGAUUUGCGAUGGCUGAAGAAUCAUGUGGUGGCUCCAUUAACAGAGGAGUUUGUUUUUCGAGCUUGUAUAAUCCCAAUGUUGGUGCCAUGCACUGGUCCCACUGCUGCCAUCUUCAUCAGUCCGCUCUUCUUCGGUGUGGCCCAUUUUCAUCAUAUCAUUGAACAGCUUCGCUUUGGACAAGACACUGUUUUUGACAUCCUAGUUUGUGCAGCUUUUCAGUUUACUUACACCUCAGUUUUUGGAGUUUACACUGCCUUCAUAUUUAUAAGGACGGGUCAUCUUGUGGGACCUGUCCUGUGCCACUCGUUUUGCAACCGGAUGGGUUUUCCAGUCAUUGGCUCAGUUUUGGAGCAUCCACAAAAGUCUUUGAUCCUGCUCUCCUACCAGCUUGGUGUUCUGCUCUUCUUCAUCCUCCUCUUCCCCUUCACAGACCCAACAUUCUAUGGUAUGUCCCCUGUAUGCAGUCUACUGCUUACACCCCGCUCUGCCUGCACUUGACUUCUUCAUGCUACCUGGAUGGAAAUGUACCAGAAAGUCUUUAAAAACAUGACUUGGG